AUGAAUCGAUUGAAAGUUUCUGUUUCGCGGAUUUGGAAAGUUUACAAUGAAAUAUUUCAAGUUAUCAUUAUCACCUCAACAUUGCUCGUGAUUGCAAAUCUCAUGCGCUGGAUGGAGACUCGAUAUUGGUCUUUGAGAAAAGCAGGGCACGAGAUUGAUGUAAAAGAGAAAUUUUAUAUUCAAGCUAUUUAUCGAAUUGGUGACAUCACAGCGGGGGUUCUUCUCGUAAGUAUCCCAAUCAAUUUUCUCGCAAUUGUGUGCUCAUCGACAAAUAAUAAGCUGACAAUGCCAAUUCGCUUAUUCACCUCAAUCGAACAUUUCGUCAAACUACUUUGGGGUCUCAUUUACUCAUUUAACUACUUUGCCAACCCACUAACUGGAUACAUUACAUUGUCCUUUGUGAGCGAUUUCUUUCACGCUAUUUUUCGUUUUCUUCAAGACUAUUCACUAACAAUGGGAGAUUUGGCUCAAUACUAUCAAUUGGGGAUUUCAGUGAGUCGUUUCUUUGCUUGUUGCUUUGAUGGUCUCUAUUUUCGUAAAACCCUCAAAUUACCGUUCUUUCAACUUUUUAUCCCUCUCUUUCUUUGGAUUGUUGGCCAAGUGGCAGAGAAGUGGAUCAUGGAUACAAAUUAUGCGUGGUUUCGACUCUUCGACAAUUGGAUCAAUCUAAUACCCAGCUUCUUGAUGGUUUCAUUGGAUAUUGUAACCAGAAGGAGACUGAUUAAGUUUAGAGGAGAAAAGCAAGUUGGACGAAAUGAGCGUUUAUUGAUCAUUCAGAUGCUGUGCAACUCGGUACUGACAUUGAUUCAGCAGAUAGUCUAUUGGUUUGGAGAGCUGAUUCUGAAUCUAUAUUUUGGUUAUAAAAUCAAGUAUUUAUUUCAUUAUGCAGUCUACUUGGAGUAUUAUAUUUUCUUCAAUUUGAUCACAAGAAAUCGAGCAUAUCUUGAUGCUUUGAAUUUGGUGACUCGAUUUUACAUGAAAGAUUUGGACAACGAGAUCGAGGUGACCGAGUAUCAU